AUGUUGUCAAAGACGUGGUUCUUAAUUUUCUUCGUCGGCAUUAGCUCUGCUGUUAUAAUUGACUCUAAUGGUGGACUAAAAAUAGGAUCUUAUAGAUCUGACAGUGGUAAAGCAUGGCAAAUGGUCAAACUGUAUUCUCCUAACUCACCACCAAUUUUUAAAUAUGACUUUCAUACUUACCCAAAGUACAAGUUUGAGUACGCAGUAUCAGAUAAAAAGACUGGUGACCAUAAGCAUCAUUAUGAAGCCAGAGACGGCGACAGAGUUCGAGGAGGUUAUAGUCUCGUUGAACCAGAUGGCUCCUUGAGAACGGUAGAAUAUAACGCUGAUGACCAACAUGGAUUUAAUGCCGUCAUAAGCAAAAGUGUUAACAAACAUGAUGGUCACGCAUUUUCUAUAAUUGGUCAUACAAGACAGUUUUUACCUAUAGAAAGUGGAAUAAAAAUCAACCACGUCUUUCCCAUCAAAAGUUAUUAUCAUCAAGAACCUAACAGUACUAUUAUUGCAAAUGGAGAUGAGAAACCUGUUAAUGAAAAUCCAGUUGAACCAAAACAAGACGAAGUUUAUGCUCAUAAAAAUGCAACGGAAACACAAAAUGAUAAAAUAAUACGACUUACAUCGAUAGUUGCAGAAAGUACUGAUAAAAAUACUGAAGCACCUAUUUUAACUGUCAAAUCAAUGAAAAUGUCAGCUACUGUACUACCAGUACCAUUAGAGAAUGAUGGUAUUAAUCAAGAGUCAGAAAACAUUUCUAAAAUGCCAGUGGAAGAAAUUACUAUUGAUCCAACUCUUAGUGAACCGAUGAAAACAUUUGAAACAAUAGAAAACACUCAAAAGGAAGAACCACAAACUGACUCCGAAGUAGCGUCAUCAUAUUACCAUUCAAAAAUAUAUUACACACAGCAACAAGUUUCUGAUAAUUUUUGUGCCGCAAUUAAACGCAACGCUAUAUGUCAAAUAUUAAGACUUGCGUCCUAUGAAACGAAAAGAUAUAUAGUUCAUUAG